UAUAUAUAUCCUACCUUAGGUAUCCCUCCCACUUUUCACUCCACUUAUCGCUUUCUUCUUCUUCUUCUUGUUCCUGCUUUUCCUUGACUUUCUUUGCUUCUUCUCCUCCUUCCUUAGAUUUUCAUUCUUCCUCUCGUAUCCCUAGGGUAAGGGAAAAUGGGUGGUGCUCAACUAGCUUAUGUUAUCGUCUACGUCCAGGAUGUGAACAAGGCUGCUGACUUCUACAGCAAGGCCUUUGGUCUUCAAAUUCGACCCCAGAACAAGACUAACUCAUGGGUUGAAAUGGAAACUGGAACCACGACAUUAGCAUUCACUCCUGCGAAGCAACGCGAGGCUCAACUGAUCGGAGGUGUGUCUUCUUCGGAUGAAGGUCAUCACAAUGUGGAGAUUUGCCUAGAUUUCCCGGACGUGGAAAGAGCAUACAAGCAUGCGAUAGAUCAAGGAGCAUCACCUGUGGCUGGGCCCGAGGACAAGGUCUGGCAGCAGAAAGUAUGCUACGUGAAGGAUAUUAAUGGGAACGUCGUCCGUUUAGGUUCCUUUGUUGCCAAGUAGAGUUCAGAUUACGACAAGCGUUGAGCAAUCCUUAAACAAGAGAACUCCAUCAGCAGAGCAACUUCCUUCGUGUGAACUUGAGCAUAUUAAUGUACAGAAGAUGGAACUUCUGGUGAACCUACCGGGGUACCUUGUUAUGUCUGUACAAAUCAGUUUGGACAUAAACAGUUUGAACGUGAAGAGUUUCCUUCUGAUUUAUA